GCUCAAAAUUAAUACAGACGUCGCCUUCUUCAAACGGACAAACCCCAUCUUCAAAGCCAUCAUUCUCUGCACUUUGUACAUGUACCAUAGUUCUGUGAAAUCCAAAAAAUUGAGAACCCCCGUGCCCAGCCUCACCUCGCCGCGCGUCGCGGCCACCGUCACCGACGAAAAUUGCAGCAUCACGCCGCCUAUCGCCAAAACUAGAAUCAACAAAAACCACCGUUGUCAAGGGUUUUCCCCGUUGAACCUCCCGGCCCUCGCUGUCACCAAAAGCAGUUGCUUGUUGCCUUCAAUCGCGCUCUCCGGCCGUGGCAAAACCCUCAAAAGCCGCCGCCGGGCACUUGGAAUCGCGCGACCAUGGCGCACCAAACCAGCUGCCCCAAAAAGGGCCUGUUCAUCCUCACGAGCGACAGGGAUGGCGUUGUGGGGUUGGUGCGAGAGUGAACAGGCAAGAAUCAAGGAAACUCUAUUAAUCGAAAGACUGAAGAGGUAUGAAGUUCCAAAAGCUGAGGGCCCUGUAGUUGAACCUCAUGUAUUAACAGGAGAGGAACGGUAUUACAUGAAAAAGAUGGCCCAGAAAAGGUCCAAUUACGUCCCAAUUGGCAGACGAGGGAUCUUUGGAGGUGUUAUUCUCAAUAUGCAUAUGCACUGGAAGAAACAUGAAACUGUCAAGGUCAUUUGCAAACCUUGCAAGCCCGGCCAAGUUCAAGAAUAUGCAGAUGAAAUUGCUCGGCUGAGCGGUGGGUUACCUAUCCAGAUAAUUGCAGAUGACACAAUCAUUUUCUACCGAGGAAAGAAUUAUGUGCAGCCAAAGGUCAUGUCGCCCGUGGAUACUUUAUCAAAGAAAUGGGCACUGGAAAAAUCAAAAUACGAACAAUCACUCGAGUCCUUAAGACGUUUUAUUGCAAUUGCUGAGAAGGAAUUAGAGCUUUAUUACAGGCAUGUUGCUCUAUAUGGCAGUCCAAAUGAUAGGGAUCCCAACUCAAUCCUUGAUAAUCCAAGAACCGAAAGUGGGUCGAAGCGAGUUAAGACUUAUGGAUAG